AUGGUAGACUCACCAAAACCAGGUAAACUUUCAAAGUUGGGUAAAUUGUUUGGCAAAUCACAAACCAGCUUACCCACAAUGCUGCAGCAAUCAGUUGUUAGUAAACCAAAACUGCCAUCGCCUACAAGAGAAGUGUCAACUAAGUCUGGUUUGUCCAACGCCCCUGUUGAAAAGUCAAAGGAUUCGAUGCCACAAUCCACUAAGUCAUCAAUAAUAUCGCCACCACUACCACCAGCUUCUGUUGCUGUUGCAUCACCAAAACCUACUUCAAAUGAUGAGGAUUUCAUACUAUCUCAAGUUGAAAACGAUGACGUCUCACCAUUGCGACAGAUUAAACAACCUCAACCACAACAACCUCACAAGUCAUCACCUUUGGCUCAACAUGCUCAACCACCACCACCACCAUCACUCAACCAAUCAAACAACUCUUCACCCAAAUUGGCAAGAACUAGAUCGCAGUCUCCUGUAAAUGGGUCAGCUUCUAAUACCACUUCGCCCAUGCUGAUAUCGUCUUUGGACAACAAAUUGAAAAAACACACGAUUUCAUCAUCAGCACUCCCACCUGCUGCUGCUUCGAGUGCACAAUCUGGAGAAAGACACACAUCUGUUUCAUCCAUCCCAUCAAGUAGACCAUCACCAAAUGUGUCUCGCUCGUCAUCAAGAAAGGUUGCUCUGCUGAUUAAACAAGCAGCAUCAUCUGCAUCAUCAAGUGCACAACUUUCAAAGACCAAAAACGACUCAACAACUUCGCUAAACUCAUUGGCACACCAAGCUCAACAACAACCUCCACAAUUACCAAGAUUUGUCAUGCUAGAGAAUGGUAACCAUGAGCAUCAUUUGCGAUCAGCCAAACGUCAUGAAAAGUUGUCAAAUAUGUUGAAGGAUUUGUUGGGAGCGAAAAAGUUGCGAGAUGAGGCUAAAAGUGCUGUACCUGAAUUGGUGGGAGCUAUGCAAUCAUCAACUUCUCAAUUGCAACAACAACAAUCUGGUGCCAAUGCUGCUAAGCCACCUACUUUGUUUGCUGGAUUGGUUACGCAAGUAAAGAACCACACCAGUCCAUACCAUCAACCGGGUACUGCUGAUGUAAAUAAUACUGACAAAGGACCAAAUGUCGAGGCUGGUCCUGAUUGUCGUUCAUUUGUUGAAAAGUAUGGAAGAUGUCAAGAGGUGAUUGGACGUGGUUCUUUUGGUGUUGUGCGUAUUUCUCACAAGAAGCUAGAACCUGCUACUGCAAGUACUGCCACUCCAGGAACUAAUGGACAAGAGAAGCUUUACGCAGUCAAGGAGUUUAAAAAGAAGCCUAAUGAAAAUGAAAAAAAGUAUAAUAGGCGAUUGACAUCAGAGUUUUGCAUUUCUUCAUCACUUAAACACUUGAAUAUUAUUGACACAUUGGACCUACUUAAGGAUGCCAAGGGUGAUUACUGUGAGGUGAUGGAAUUUUGCACUGGUGGUGAUUUAUACACAUUGAUUAUUGCCCUGGGUAAACUAGAGUAUGCAGAAGCUGACUGUUUUUUCAAGCAAUUGAUUAGAGGAGUCAAUUACAUGCACGACAUGGGUGUUGCCCAUCGGGACUUGAAACCAGAGAAUCUACUAUUGACGCAAAAUGGUGUUUUAAAGAUUACUGAUUUUGGAAACUCUGAAUGUUUCAAGAUGGCCUGGGAGGAAGAAGUUCAGUUUUCCGAUGGUAUUUGCGGAUCGUCGCCGUAUAUUGCACCUGAGGAAUUUACCCAAGAACUGUUUGAUCCUCGUUGUGUUGACAUUUGGGCAUGUGGUGUGAUCUACAUGGCCAUGAGAACUGGCCGUCAGUUGUGGAAAUUGGCUGAUCCCACAAAGGAUGAGUUUUUUGAAGAGUAUCUUGUUAAAAGGAAAGAAGCUACCGGUUACGAGCCUAUUGAGAGUUUGAAGCGUGCUCGUUGUAGGAAUGUCAUUUAUUCUAUCUUGGAUCCCAAACCAGAGAGAAGAAUAACUGGUAAACAAAUUUUGAAUAGUGAAUGGGGCAGAGAGAUUAAAGUUUGCGAUGCGGGAGAGGGAGUCACUCAUGAUUCGUGA